CACACCUCCUCCCGGGCAGCAUGGCGGACGCGGCGCCUCAGCCCAUCAAGAGAAAGCGUGAUGCGGCCGCAGAGGAGGCGGAGGUCCCCGGCACAGAGGAAAAGGAAGCAGGCGUUGGGAAUGGCACCUCUGCCCCUGUCCGCUUUCCGUUCUCUGGCUUUAGAGUGCAAAAAGUGCUGAGGGAGUCUGCGCGGGACAAAAUUAUUUUCCUGCACGGGAAGGUGAAUGAGACCUCUGGGGAUGGAAAUGGAGAGGAUGCCGUUGUGAUCCUGGAGAAGACACCAUUUCAGGUGGAACAGGUGGCCCAGCUCCUGAUAGGCAGCCCUGAGCUCCAGCUGCAGUUCUCCAAUGAUAUCUAUAGCACCUAUCACCUGUUUCCUCCGAGGCAACUAAGUGAUGUAAAGACGACGGUAGUUUACCCUGCCACAGAGAAACACCUGCAGAAGUACCUGCGCCAGGACCUCCGCCUCAUCCGAGAGACAGGAGAUGACUACAGAAACAUUACCUUACCCCACCUGGAGUCCCAGAGCCUCAGCAUUCAGUGGGUGUAUAAUAUUCUCGAUAAGAAGGCUGAAGCAGACCGGGUUGUUUUCGAGAACCCAGAUCCCUCUGACGGCUUUGUCCUCAUCCCUGACCUUAAGUGGAACCAGCAGCAGCUCGAUGACCUAUACUUGAUUGCCAUCUGCCAUCGCCGGGGCAUCAGGUCACUGCGAGACCUCACUGCAGAGCACCUGCCGCUGCUCAGGAACAUCCUUCGCCAGGGGCAGGAAGCCAUCCUGCAGCGCUACCAGGUGAAGGGCGACCGCCUACGAGUGUACCUGCACUACCUGCCCUCCUACUACCACCUGCAUGUGCACUUCACCGCCUUGGGCUUCGAGGCCGCUGGCUCGGGCGUGGAGCGGGCUCACUUGCUGGCCGAGGUGAUCGAGAACCUGGAGUGUGAACCCAGGCACUACCAGCGGCGCACUCUUACCUUCGCCCUCAGAGCUGAUGACCCCUUGCUCCAGCUCUUACAGGAGACCCAGCAGAGCUGAGUGACUUGGGGAAAAGAGCACAGAUGUGUGGGAUUCUGGAGGGGUGGGGGCGGGACUUGUAUCUCCAAGUGAAUUUUCUAAAAAUGUAUUUUGUACUGGCUUAUUUCUAGUAUGUGAAUAAAAUACUAGGCUCACUCA